UGUCCAGGGCCCUGGUUCAGUGCUCCAGCCACAGGGCCCGCGUGGUGCUGAGCUGGACCGACUACCUCAGAAGAGUGGCUCCCACAGGGAGAUGUUCCAAGCGUUCAACAAGUGGGAGCCGCAGUGGCCGCAGCCAGUCAGGUGGAGGAUUGCCGCCCCCUCCUCUUUUGGGGGGGCCAGGAGUUAACCCUUCAAUUGCUGGGUAGAAAGGAAGGCGGGGAGGACCCCAGAGAAAGGCAGGCCUACAGGCCAAGGCAGGGGGCAUUCGGGCGCCUCACGGAGAAGUGUGCUCACUGCGGGCACACCCGUACGGGCCUGCCCUGGCUGCGUGUCCGGUGGGGCCCGUGUCUCUGCAGCACUGGCAACGGCGCUUGACGUGGGCUUGUCCAACUGGAGCUUCCUCUACAUCACCGUCUCACUGUGAGUACCGGCCACGCCCAGCACCGCCCUGGGGGCUCUCUGUCCAGCACCGUGUCUGUGUGCCCGGCCGACGGGCCAGCCAUCACACUGCCCUCUGGGACCCAACCCCCUUGCUCUCUCCGCGCCUCCCUGGCACCCAGCAGCUCACCUGGAAGUCGCCAGCCUCUGCAGUGAGCCAGGCAUGGACGGGGUGUCGUGCCUCCCUGCCAGGUGGCCUGGGGAAGCCGGGGGUUCAGACGGAAUGGUGACAGGGCAGCGGAGAAAGGGGCACAGAGGGGCAGGCGGAACAGUUAUUUUCUUAUCUCAGAUUUUGCGCUUCAGCGAGCACAGCCUCUGCCUUCUCUCUUUCUCCCCUUCUCUCCUUCCCGCCUCAUCCUGGUCUGCACUGAGGGGUCGGUGAAUAACAGGACUCAGGAAGCUCAGUUUCUCCCUGGUGAUAAGCAGAGGCCUCUUAGGCAUAGAUUUCUUCCGAUUAAAGGUCAGGUAUCAGCCCAGAUGACUCAGGCCGCCUUACUUUGGUCUUUGUAUCCAGAUUGCCCUGCUGCCCUCAGGGAAGUCAGGGGUCUCCCCCCGACCCUUUGCAGCCCACUGGUUGUGCUGUGGGUCCGCGCCCCCAGCUGCAGCGGUGUGUCAUGGGUGACUUCCCCUCGCAGGUACACGAUGACCAAAUCCUCGGCUGUCCUCUUCAUCCUGAUCUUCUCUCUGAUCUUCAAGCUGGAGGAGCUGCGUGCGGCGCUGGUCCUGGUGGUUCUUCUCAUCGCCGGGGGCCUCUUCAUGUUCACCUACAAGUCCACACAGUUCAACGCUGAGGGCUUUGCCUUGGUGCUGGGUGCCUCGUUCAUUGGGGGUAUUCGCUGGACACUCACGCAGAUGCUCCUGCAGAAGGCGGAACUUGGGCUCCAGAACCCCAUCGACACCAUGUUCCACCUGCAGCCGCUCAUGUUUCUGGGGCUCUUCCCUCUCUUUGCCGUAUUUGAAGGUCUCCAUUUGUCCACAUCUGAGAAAAUCUUCCGUUUCCAGGACACGGGGCUGCUCCUGCGGGUACUUGGGAGCCUCUUCCUUGGCGGGAUUCUCGCCUUUGGUUUGGGCUUCUCUGAGUUCCUCCUGGUCUCCAGAACCUCCAGCCUCACUCUCUCCAUUGCUGGCAUUUUUAAGGAAGUCUGCACUUUGCUGUUGGCAGCUCAUCUGCUGGGCGAUCAGAUCAGUCUCUUGAACUGGCUGGGCUUCGCCCUCUGCCUCUCGGGAAUAUCCCUGCACAUCGCCCUCAAAGCCCUGCAUUCCAGAGGUGACAGCGGCCCUAAGCCCGUGAAGGGGCUGGGCUCCAGCCCCGACCUGGAGCUGCUGCUCCGGACCAGCCAGCCGGAGGAAGAGGACAACGAGGAGGAGGAGGGGCGCUUUGUGGCCCAGGGGCAGCAGUGAUCAGCCGUGGGACAGGUUGGAAGCAGGCCGCUCCCCAGCCUUCACACCUGUCAGCAGCUCGGGGACCCGGGCGGCCCCUCCCAGCUGCUGGGGAGCAGCAGGCCGGGCUCUCCCAGGCUGGCCUCGAGAGCACGUGACCACGUGGUGGGCCAGGGCAGGGAGUUGGUCAAACGGGUGAGCACCAGGCCAGCCUCAGACCUGGCCAGAGCGGGGCCCAAGCGGUGCUGGCGUCACAGCCACUUGCCAGGCUCUGAGAGCCAAGGUGGUGAUUUCAGAGGUAUAACGGGUUUGGACUGUGGGCCAGUUAGGAACGGGAGAUGGAGAAGAUGGGGCCUCAUCGCCUGGAGAGCGUCUUUUCUCAGAGAGCAGAUCUAUUUAUAGUUUGGAAAUAAAGGGUUUACGGUCCACCGGCCACCUUGUGUUGCCUGGAGGUAUGGGGGCAGGCAGGGAGGCGUGGGCCUGACCUCUCCCCUCCUUUCCCUGCCUGGGGCCUUCCUGGGGAGACUGGUCAUACUCCAGGCCUCCUAUGUCUCUCGUGCUCCUGUUUGAGCCCCAGUGCCCUCUCUUAGGGCCCCACCACACCUGCAGGCAGGAAAAAAUAGGUACCGAGUUUCAUAUCCUGGGGACUUUAAUGCUUUCACAGCCUGAUUUGAAUAUUGACUCUGUGACUUACUAGCUGUGUGACCUUAAGCAAAUUAUUAACCUCUCUGUACCACGGUUUUUUCAUCUGUGAAGUGGGGAUAAUAAUUAUCUCAGUGUUGUUCUGAGGGUCAAGUCAAUAUUGGUAACAGAUUAAAUGUCAUUUAAGUAUG